GGAAACUGUGCUUCAGUCUGCACAGACACAGCACUGUGAUAUCUCAGGCAGACUAGCGAGGGGCAGCCAGAGAGGGUGGAAGCCCCUCUUCUCUGCAUGAGAGGUGCUGAAGGACUGCAACGUAAACAAAAUCACAGAAAUUGCUCCUGGUAUUUUCACCAGAUAAGAUGGCCUCGGGAACAUUCAGUACUUAUGAAGAAAACAUUGAUGACCAUGAUUUGCAAUAUGAUGGCAGUCUGAGGAUCUCAGAGCUUUUGCAGGAGAAAAUAUAUAGUGAGGAGCUGCAGAGGUUGUUUCCUGAAGGGUGGAACUACGAGGAAAUGUUGCAGGAUGUGAUGGACCUUGAGAGGUCUGAAGGCAUCAUCCCCUGGGAAGAGAGUGCCAGUGAAGACAUCAUGGUCUUUCUGAAGCAGUUCCCUGAGCAGAGAAAGGAGAUAGAGAAGUGUAUCCAAUGUCUUAAGGACAUGGCAGACAACAUUGAUGAGACCCAUAAGAACUGCACCAUUGCCAACAUGGCCGCAAACUCCACGAGCCUGGCAUCUGGCAUCUUGACGAUCCUUGGGCUGACCUUAGCACCGCUGACGGCAGGGGGGAGUUUGGCUCUCAUGGCAACUGGGAUUGGCUUAGGGGCAGCAGCAACGGCUACCAGCAUUUCUGUCGGCAUAUAUGAGAAUGUCAGCAAUUCAAAAGAAAGGAGUAAAGCCAAUGACCUGCUGGUGGAAUGCCAAAGCAACCUGAAAACACUGACCCACUCCGAUGAAGUGGAUUUCAGACCCAUAGUCUCCCCAAAGAGCGAGGCCAUGGGCAACCACCUGACACACGUCCUUUCCACCGCUAGUAAAAUUCCAGAGGUAGUAUACAAAAGUGUUAAGGGGAUAAAAACCAACAUAAGAGCAUUCAAAGUGGUGAAAGCUAACCCUGGUUUGAAGGCCUUAGCACAACGGCUCACCGUGGCUGGGAGGACAGCCCGGAACACAGCAAAGGGGACCAAGCAAGUGCAAAAAGCCUUAGCUGGGACCACCCUUGCCAUGUCCAAAAGUGCGAGGGUGCUUGGUGCCGCAGCCGCAGGAGUUUUUGUCGUGUUUGAUGCCUACAGUAUCGUGAAAGACUCCAUCCAUUUAACUGAGGGGGCGAAGGCACAGGCCGCAGCAGAUAUAAGAGAAAAAGCUAGCCAACUUGAAAAGGAUCUUCAGAAUCUCAGCGAACUGUAUGAGGAGCUGAAAGGCAUGGUAUAUGAAUAGAUGAGACAAGUUCCCAUUUCCAGCACUGGGUCAGGAGAAGAACCAAGUCACAAGGGGAGGGGAGAUUGUGGUAGGAAGUCAAAGCCCACAAAAGCUACACAAGAUGCAAACUAACAAGGAGAUGCCAGCUCCACUUUGACCAAAAGCAUUAAGUAAUCUGAACAGUUCAAAGAGAUUGAUACCAUAAUUUACUCCCUCCUUGCGUUUGGAAUUCAGUGAAAGGAUCAGGAGACGUCGUGCUACUGAACAUUUUGUUAAUUCAGAACCCGGGACACCAUGAAUCAUCCUGCUAGGAAUUUAUCCUAUUUUGCCUAUGCUUAAGAGAAAACAACAAUAUGCUGUAUGCAUGUGUGAGAGAUCUUCUCAGGAGUGAAAUUACAAGAGCAGUAACUGCUUUUCAAAUGAACUUGUAAAGCAUUAAACUUCUUCCUUUCGGUUUUGAGCAUAUUAGCUGCCUUGCCCACAUCUGUAACACUCAAUGAAGCAUUUUAAUUCACCUCAGCAAAUAGAUAGACAUACCUGAGAUAUUUGUGCCUUGCCACCAUUAUUUUUAUAUUAGAGUAGCACCUACGUGCCUCAAUGCUGGGUGUUGUACAGACUCAGUGGAAACUGGGGCUGGGUGUGAAGAAAAGGCAUGAAGGAGAGAGAAAUUUCUCCAAAGUUCUGAAAUUCACCCCCAUCUGCAAGAACAUCUGGAGAAAGGGAGAAUCUCCCAACUCCCUUCAUUUGAAAUUAAAGCCGUGCCGUGGAGUCCUAGCAGUUCUAGGCUAGCCAGCGUGCUUUAACCAACCAUAGAGCCAUGAACUAGCAUGGAGAGUAGCAAAGCGGUGUCCGGAAGGUGGAGAGUCAAACCUUUUACAUUUCAGGGGAGGGGCACACCCUCACUCGAGCAGAGAAGAGGCUGAUGAGUUCUUAUGGGCUCAGCCAGCACUAACCAGGAACCAAUAUAGGUGCCUCCAUACCCUUGGGACCAGAGUAUCAAGAGGGAGCUGAGAGGAUGUACAGACAGUAACUUGGAGAAAAAAGAAGGCUGUAUCAGCCCUUGAAGGGAAAACAAGAGAAAGCCAAUGCUUUAGAGAAUGCACCCUGUACAGCAGCUGUGACAUUGCUUCCAUGUCUUGCCUUUGAGACCAAGACACCGGACCUGGCAAAAGAGGGGUUUAUUGGUAUUUUAUGCCGUGAAGAGUUAAGACUAAGCAGAACUAGCUUGGCAGCCAUAUGAAACCCUAGCUGUGCACAUGUAUUUCCCAUUAGACACAUGCAGUUUAAUUCCUGACUCAUUAUGAAUGAAUUAAAAAUGUG